GCAUCCCCAUCUCCUUCUCCUCCUCAUCAGCACCAGGCCGCUCCGGCCAUGGACCUUACUCAGCUUAUCAUUCAGUUCCAAAGGAUGAAUGCACCAACCUUUGCGGGGACUGAGAACCCCACAACGGUGCUAGAGUGGAUCAAAGAACUGGACAAGAUCUUCGCUGUACUUCCCCUUCCUGACCGUCAGCGGGUAUCCCUUGCAGCUUACCAGAUGAAGGAGGACGCUUUCGACUGGUGGAUUGACCACUGGGCUCGGAGGUCAGAGGCGGAGCUCCAUGCACUCUCUUGGGAGCAAAUGAAGAUGAUG